ACAAAUAUGAAACAAUUCUAUAACUUUUGGUCUACUAUAUAUAUAAGGACUCUCGGCGGUUCAAUUCAAAGUCAUCCAGAUUCACCAGCAGUAUGUCGUGGACAGGGCUAAAGAAGGCCAUCAACCGGGCCGGUACUCAGGUGCUUGUCAAGACAGGACAAAUGGACCAGACGGUCGAUAAGGAGUUUGAAUUUGAAGAGAAGCGGUAUCGGACCAUGGAGAUAUCGUCUAAUAAACUUCAGAAGGAAUUGAGACACUACUUAGAAUCACUUCGAAUGCUUACUAAUAGUCAGGUCAAUAUUGGAGAAAGUCUCAGUACUUAUUAUGGAGCUUUACCUUCAAGUCUUACGCCUUCACUAAGUAAUAAUCAUAAUAAUACUCAAGACCCUGAACUGGCUGCUAAUGCGGCACCAAAAGAGAAAUUCAAUUCUUUAUCACAAGAGUACUAUGCAACAAUGAAGACAUUAGGUGAACAAAGUUUAGCUGAAUUAGAACAUCCUUACAACCAAACAGUACUAAAUCCUAUAGCUCGAUUCAAUUCCUACUACAUUGAAAUUAAUGAGGCCAUAAAAAAGCGAGCCAACAAACAAUUAGACUACGAUGCUAUGAAGAGUAAAGUUAAGAAACUCAUUGAAAAGCCUCCAGCUAAUGGAGAUUAUGAAACCAAAUUAGCUAAUUACCAAACCGAAUUAACCGAAUUAGAGAAUGUAUACCAACAGAUAAAUCUGCAAUUGAAAUCAGAAAUCCCAAAAUUGAUAAACUUACGUAUACCCUUCUUAGAUCCAUCAUUUGAAGCAUUUGUUAAGAUUCAACUUCGAUUCUUUAAUGAGAAUUAUUCUCAACUCGAUACUCUUCAGAAAAAGUUAGACUCUCGAACACGUGAGGCUGCCACCAAUGGGAACCUCGAUAAGAGAUUAGAUGAUAUACUUGGGAAAAUGAGAGAAUUGAAUAUUACUGGAGCUUAAAUUGUUAUGAUAGUAUAGUAUAGUAUUCUAUUUUAUUUUAUAGUGUUUAGUGUUUAGUGUUAAUGUUAAUGUUAUGUAUAUUUCGGAAAAUCUGCCAAAUUCGCUUAC